AUGAGCAGAGCAGGCGGCGUUCCCGAUGCCUGGGACGACGACUGGGAAGCUCAAGCUGACCGGCUCGACCGCAAAGACACCAAGGAGCCGCAGGCCGUUCCGCAGCCCAGCCUGAACAGACAAGAACGGAUGCAGCAGCACGCCGAGGCGAACCGGAAACUAUGGGAAUCAGCGUAUGCAAGAUGCUUUCACAGACUAAGCUGGCCCGUAAUGAACUUUUUGCUGACUUUUGACUUUGCUUUGCUUUUGUCCUGCGGAAACAGUGAUUCGACAGAGACCUUCCACUAUAUUGAAGCCAACGGCGGCGGCGCCCCCCUCACCACCACCUUCAAGCCCCAAGUCAAAGUCCUCAGCCGUAAGCCCGUCAUCGCCAAGAAGGACCCCGUCACGGGCCUGGCCCAGAUGUCCCUCGACGACGGCGACGCUCGGCCGCAGCAGGCGCAGAUGACGCCCGACGAAAUCCGCGCAAAGCAGAAGCGCGACCGCGAGGAGAAGCAGCGGCGCUACGACGAGGCCCGAGCAAAGAUCUUUGGCGAGUCCGCCCCUUCGUCGCGCGGGUCGUCGCCUGGCACUGGUACCGUUACACCUCCGAGGGCUGAAGGGCGAGGGUCGUACCGUGGCCGUGGUAGGGGGCGCGGUGGAAACUUCAGCGGUGGCUAUAACUACGGCGGCAGCGGCAGCAGCAAUAACAACAGCAGCGGCGCUAUCAACAACGAGAGCGGCGGGCAGCAGUUUGAGCCUCGGCGACCUGCCGCUCAGCCCGGCCCUAGGAGGGAGCUGUUUGACCCCAGCUCUGCCCCGAAGCCGGAUUCGAUCCGACGAGGAGGCGGCGAUUCUCCCAUGCGAGGUCAGGCGGGCCGAGACGAGCACCAAGCAAUUCGAGCGCCCAGAGGACCAGAUGGAAGUGGCAGAGGAGGGUUUGGCUUUGCACGGCGUGGCGGCAGCAGAGAUACUUGA